GCCAUCCAAAGGAAGCGUCUCCCAAACUAGUUUGACGUCCGGAGUUAGUGAGAUCAUCCCGGCAUUGUGAAACGCUACAAAAUUUACCAGUGUACGAGAAGAUGGACCUGCUGCCGCUGUUGUUGGUUGUCGCCCUCUGCGUUCUUCAGUCCUCCAGCAAACCCAUGGAGAAGAAGGACCGCGUUCAGCAUGAUGCCCCCCUCAGCAAAAAGGAGCACGACGAUGAGGAGAACUUCGACUAUGACCAUGAGGCUUUUCUUGGGCAAGAUGAGGCGAAGACCUUCGACCAGCUCACGCCAGAGGAGAGCAAAGAGAGACUGGGUAAGAUUGUAGAAAAGAUUGACGAGGAUCACGACGGAUUUGUGACCAUUGAUGAGAUGAAACGGUGGAUUAAGCACGCUCAGAAGCGAUGGAUCUAUGAUGAUGUGGACCGGCAGUGGCAGGCUCAUGAUCUCAACUCAGACUCUUAUGUCUCCUGGGAGGAAUACAAGAAUGCUACCUACGGCUACAUCCUUGAUGAAGCAGAUCCCGAGGACGGUUUUAACUACAAGCAGAUGAUGGCUAGAGAUGAGCGCCGUUUCAAGAUGGCUGUCCGUGAUGGUGACAUGAGGGCCAAUAAGGAAGAGUUUACAGCAUUUCUUCACCCAGAGGAAUUUGACUAUAUGAAAGAUAUUAUAGUGCUGGAGACCAUGGAGGACAUUGAUAAAAAUGGAGAUGGUUUCAUCGACCUGGAUGAAUAUAUUGGUGAUAUGUACAGUCAGGACGGUGAUGCAAAUGAACCAGAGUGGGUGAAAACAGAAAGAGAACAGUUUACAGAGUUCAGGGAUAAAAACAAAGACGGCCGUAUGGAUAAGGAUGAGACCCGUGACUGGAUCUUGCCCUCUGACUACGACCAUGCAGAGGCUGAAGCCAAACACCUGGUGUAUGAGUCUGAUGUAGAUAAGGACGGACACCUCACAAAGCAGGAAAUUGUGGAUAAGUAUGACUUAUUUGUCGGGAGCCAAGCGACAGAUUUCGGAGAAGCUCUUGUCCGACACGAUGAGUUUUAAUUUUGAAACCUUUGCACAUGAAAAAUGCAAAACGAACAAUAAUUUAUUUUAUGAUUUCAAGCAUACCACAUUGUGAAACAUUACUGUGUUUACAAAACAUUUCUGUUCCUCCACAGCAUUUUUUUGUAGAUUAACACUCAUCACCAUUGGAUUCUGGUGUGAUUUCAAAUGCACUGAUGAAAUAGUAUUCAGGUCAGCUUGUGAAGCUUGUCAAAGUGUUGUGUAGAGGUUUGUCUGAUGGUCUAUAAUGCACUAAAAUGCGGCCGUAUAAUGCAGCAUAUAAUGGCAUAUGUGUAACCCGACACGGCAUACAGCAAUAACCGCCCACUAGUGUUUUUACACUGCACAUUAUACAAACACUUUUUUUUAGGUAGAUAAAAAAGAAUAUCCUAAUGUAAACUACUUUUCUACAUAAUAUAAAAUGUCUUGAAACCACUACAUGUAUUUAUCUCCAUUUAGCCAGAGGAUGUGUGAUAUUAGACAUGACACUUCGUAGUAUAAUGCAGUAAGGAUGUUGCAUAAUUUCAUGGUGGAUCAGAAUGCCAAGGCUUGUUUUGCCAGUCAGUUUGAUUUGAAAAAGACUGACUGAUUGGGUGUUAAUUUAUAUGAACAAAACCCCUUCUUGAAGGACUAUUUCCACCCACUACGGCCUGUCAGUGAGAGCUUUAUGAAGUGUUAGUACUCUCAUUAAUAGACUGAAACAACAAACUAAAGCUAUUCUUUCCUCAAGUGCCUUUUCCCCUCAACCUUCAAACUCUUUUGAUGUUAUUAUGUGAGACUUUAUUUUGGUUUCUCACCUUUCUUCCCCUCUGCAAUUCGUACGUGACUGAAAAUGACCUCCUCUCCUUACAUUCGUAUAUAAUUUGUGUAUAUAUGUUUAUAAUUGAAUGUGAACUCUAUUCAAUAUGCUGUUGUCAGGUAUUGUAAAUACUGUCUUAUAGCUGAGAGUGUUUCUCAAUAAAAUUGAUGAUAAUGAAUCACAUUUUCAA